AUGGAGGCGGAUGAUGAUAUUCUUUAUGAACAACCGGUAGUUUUAGACCUUCCACCUUUUCCUACCCAACAACAGUCAUUAACGUCUCCAUCAGUCAUCGCAACUGUUGUCGAUUUGGCUACAGCAGUCGCAUUACCUGUCUCAUCAUCAUUUCCAACUCCUCUACAGCCUAUAAAUAGAGCAAUAGAUAUUUUCGAACAUGAUUCUCUAGACGGCACGUUUACGGACCCAGAUUUUAAUCAAGAACAUACAAGCCAUAUUUGUCCAACAAGAGUUGUCCAGAGACAAUGGUCGCUUUGUCUUCAAAACUCCGCUGAAGUUGUGGAGCUUCCUUCAGCAAUCACUACAUCAUUUCAGCGAAAUUGUCCUGUGCAACCAGUAAUGAAUCAACAAAGUUCACAACCGAUCAGAUCAUCUGUCGCUCCUCCAACACCAAUUGCUAACCAACAACAAAGCAGCUAUCCGAAAUACAGGAUGUCGGAUUCGUCGGCGGAGAGGAGCUCGGAGACAACAUUAGCAAAAUACAAAUGA